AGUUCUGUCAGGAUCUGCCACUCCCCUUGCAGCUGAGGGCCAGGUACAACCAGUUUUGCUAGACCAGCUGUUGGCAAAACUCCCAAGUUCUGUCAACACUACUUCGAGCAGGUUCCGUCGCAAUUCGGAUUUUAGAUGCCUAUAAAAUCAUGGCGAUCACAUUCCACAUGACGUAUCCCCACAUCCGAUAAGAUAUCCUUCCGACACCGACUGCACAUCAUCUGUGGUUAUUCAGUACUUUUCACAAACUCUCAGAUCAGCAUUCCUCACCAUGCCAUCACCUGAAGCUCCUCCAGUUGGCGUGUACGAUGUCAUUGGCCUUGGAUUUGGCCCGGCAAAUCUUGCUGUUGCUGGAGCACUACUGGAACAACCGAGAGAGACCAGCCCAAUAUCCGUGAACAAAUCCCUCUUUAUCGAGCGAUAUCCCGAAUUCAAGUGGCAUCCGGGUAUGCUUCUCCCAGGUACCCGUAUGCAGAUUAGUUUCCUGAAAGAUUUGGCUACCCUGAGGUCGCCACAAUCUCCUAUCACCUUCGUAUCAUACUUGCACUCCCAAAACCGUCUGGUGGACUUCAUCAACCGGGGCUGCAUUACCCCGACGCGGAAGGAAUACUCGGAUUACCUUGCCUAUGCCGCACGGUACGUGCAGGCUCAAGGCAUCAAGGUCGCAUAUGGCGAAAGUGUUAUUGCAAUUGAAGAAGAGGGCGAAGGCACCGUGCAGGUCCGUAGCAAGGUGCUUACAACUGGCGAAACUAGAAUUCGUCGUGCAAAAAAUAUAAUCAUCUCGCCAGGAGGUUCAGCAUGGGUCCCGCGGUGUAUUCAGACCAUCCUACCUCAUCCUCGCAUCAUUCACAGCUCUCAGUACAUAUCUUCUGUAGAACCGAUGUUGGCCACGAUGAAGGCAACCACUCGGCCACUUAAAAUCGCGGUUGUUGGUGCUGGGCAAUCCGCAGUGGAAGUACUACUCGACCUCAACUCGCGGCUAACCAGCAUGGGCGAGAGUGCCGGCCAACCGCACAACCUCCACCUCAUUAUUCGUGGUGGCUCAUUGAACCCGAGCGAUGGCGGUCCCUUUGCGAACCAGGUAUACAAUCCAGAGAUGGUGGAUGUGAUGUACGACCUGCCAAGUGAUUCUCGAAAAAGAGUAAUGGCAGACUACAAAGCCACAAACUACGGGGUGGUAAAUCCGCUUACGCUUGAUUCACUCUACCAAGUCAUGUACGACCAACAAGUAGACGGUGACAUCGCUAGACGCGGGGGAAAUGUGCCACCUGUGACCAGUACACAUAUCACCAUCCUGCCUUAUAGUAACCUGUCGUCAGCGGAGAUCAUCACAAAUCCUUCGCAAACCUCCAGAGAAACAGAAGAUGCAGAUACACUUUCGGUUCUUUUGCAGAAUACCAUCACACAAGGUCUCUCCGAGACGACAUAUGAUGCCAUUAUUUGCGCUACUGGCUACGAGCGAAAUUCGUGGCUGAACCUCUUAAAGUCAUCCAGCUUAGGCAAGCACUUCGGCCUGUGCGCUAGCUCAGAUAAGACGCGCCUCGCUGUGGACCGCGAUCUUAGAGCGGUCACGAACGGGAAGAAUGGCAAUUUUGGAGCGACCAUGAACGGCAAGAAUGGUAUAUUUAAAGCGGCCGCGAAUGGAAUAAAUGGUCAUUCACGGACACCGGACAAGGGUAUCAACGCAGAGGCGAUACAUGCAUCUAUGGAGACCAAAGUUUCCGAUACGCUCUAUAUCUCGCGACGUUAUAGACUUCUUCCACUACCAACGGCCGGUCAUGAAUUUAUUCCAAAGAUCUACUUGCAAGGUUGUGCAGAGGAAACACAUGGAUUGAGUGACACGCUAUUGAGUGUGACGGGAGUUAGGGCAGGACACAUUGUGGAAGACUUGUGUUCCAAUUAGAGAACUUACUAUUUACUCUGGGAUAAGACACUUUUUGGUU